GGUAGCUGAUUGGGUUGCGUCAGUUCCAAACCAAACACAACCGCGAAAACAUCAAAUUCGCAACGAAAAAUCCUAAGUCGUCGCAACUCCUAAACAAACACAUCAACACAACGAUUUAAAAAUGUCUUUAAUCCCGUUGAUCUUCCGCGACAUGGCUCACAUGAUGCGCCCCCUUCGCAUGUUAGAAAACCACAUGAGAAUGACUGAAGAACUGCUUCAACCCUUCAUGGUCGAAAUAAAUAAAUCUCAUAAAAGAUUUCCAUUGGAUUACAAAGAACAACCGGAAAGCAUCACCCACAACGAUGAAAAAUUCGAAGUUAAACUUGACGUUCAAAAUUUUUCGCCAGAAGAUAUCACCGUUAAAACAGCCGGAGAAAAUGCGAUUCAAGUAGAAGCGAAACAUGAAAAGAAAGAAGAUUCCGGUUUUAUCACGCGACAUUUCGUAAGGAAAUUUGUAAUUCCUCGUGGACAUGAAUUGAAAAAUGUCGUUUCAACUUUGUCAUCGGAUGGGAUUCUUACCAUUACUGCACCGAGGAAGGUCGAUCCUGCGUUGGAAGAGAAAAUUAUUAAGGUUAAUAUUACUGGACCUGAAAGGGUGGAAGAUAAAAAGAUUGAAGAUAAGAAGGUUGAGGAGAAAGAAGGUUAAAGAAAAGUAAAAUUUAAGAAAAAUUGAUGUAGUUUAAAUUAGGAUUAAUAAAUUUGAUGAGAUAUUAAA